UGUGCAAAAUAGUUCAUUACAUUCGGUUGUUUCUCAAAUUAUUAAAAACUAUUAUCGUAAAGACCGUGAACUACUAGUUGGAUAAUCACUUUAGAUUCAAGAACAUGAAAUACCAUUCAUAAAUGUACUUAAUCAUGCGACAAAAUGAAAAUCAACAACAACUUAACACGGAUAAGUAUUUGAGUCCUAAACCUCAGCGAAAGUGUUUCACCCGUAAGAAACGGCAAGCUAACGACGACCAUCGUUUAUCAGUGCAGUGCGGACCAGCACAGACGACUGAAGCGAAAAGAGAGCGAUUAUCUUGAAUGAGCCAACGUAUAUCCUUCGGUUAUAGCAUCCUAUCAGACCCAAAAUUACCAAAUGAUGGACUCGGAAAACAUUCGCGUUGCUUUGGAAAAUGUCGAAUCGUUUCUUUUGAAAUUUACCUCACAAUCAACAACGCUGUUGGAUGCAAUGUGUGGGGCUGCUACGAUAUUGAAGCAGACCGAUACACGCAGUUUUAAUUCACUGUGCACGGGUACAUAUGAGCUGCUGUCCUCAAUCGCUGCGGUGACACAGCAGCAGACCAAUUCUGAAUUGACGCAUAAUAACAUUCCAUCGAAUUUCCCGGGUAUAUAUGAUCUUCCGUCCACUAUAGCGAUUGAGCUUCGUCAUGCAGCCGAGACGGCAGAUAGCAAGCAGUUUUUCAUCUGCUCCCAGAAAAUCAAAACAUCGUCGUGCAUUCAGCAAAUGCUUAUGGAAGAAGCAAAACAGGCCCGUCGGAAAAUUGAUUCUUUAGCGCUACGCAAUACUACAUCGCUGGAACGUCUACGGUUGCAAAAGCUUAAUAUGUAUCUAGAGCAAGCGUUUAACAUAUUAUAUAUGUUAAAUCUUCAAUUACACGAAAUACAACUGACUGCCAAUGCACUCUUCGUUCAUGGCUUAAAGGAAGAUAAACCACAUCUGCAGGAAAUACAGGAAAUGGAUGGAUUAAAGGAUGCAAUUGCACGCUUCGUAUCAAUUGUGUCGACCAAAAAUUUUAGGUCAACCUUCACCACUACAUUAUGAUAACAAAUAUAAUGUUGAUAGUGGUUUAAAUUGCGAAGGUAUGUUGAAUUUAGUUUUAUAAUAAAAUAUAACAUUUUCAUUGCAGAACGCUAAUGAAUGCAGUAAAAAUAAUUAGCAAUAAAUAGUGUCAGAAAUGCUUCAUAUUUGUAUAUGGAAAAACAAAACAUUUUGCCUUAUUGCAUCUUUGCUUGAGUAGUAAAAUGGAAGUGUAUUGGUUGUUCACAUUACAACAAUUUGUUUAAAAUAGCUACAUAGUGAUAGUGAACCGCAAACUUCCGUUCCUAAAUUCAAACUUGUAUUAUCCAGUCCAGCGUCGGUAUUACUCUUAUCAGAAUCGCGAAAACAAAUGGAGCCCUUGUAAAAUGCGUGGAUUGUAAAAAGAGCAUAAACUGCGAGCACUGGCGAACUCGAGAACCCACUGUUACAGCUAUGGUCACGUCACAUUUAUUAUAAUAUAGUACACUCCUAUAGGAAUACAUUAUUCAGAGAGAGUUGUAACAUUUUCUUUUAAGAUUUAUUGGAUUUUAUGUUUUACGGAGUUC